AUGGGCGUAACCAUCGCAGGAACGUCCUCACAGGGACUGAGAGCUUAUUUAGGAGGAACUGAGGACCAGAGGAACCAGGGACUAAAUUUAGUUCCAGUGUUCCAGAGAAGGUUCAGUGGCGGUGCUGAGGGAGUGCAUGAAGAACGAGAGCCUGGUUCGCUUCUUCAGGAGAGACAGACCACGCUGAACCACUCUUUACCCCUGGAGACGUACCUGCUCAAACCAGUGCAGAGGAUCCUCAAAUACCACCUACUGCUGCAGGAACUUUCCAAACACUUCGACAAGAGCGACCCUGGAUACGAGGUCGUCGAGGAUGCCAUCAUCACCAUGACAGCGGUUGCCUGGUACAUCAACGACAUGAAGAGGAAACAGGAGCAUGCUGUUCGGCUACAGGAAAUCGAGUCCCUGCUGGUGAACUGGAGCGGUCCGGACCUCACCGGGUUUGGAGAGCUGGUCCUGGAGGGAUCGUUCAAGGUGCAAAGGGUGAAGAAGGAGAGAGCGUUCUUCCUGUUCGAUAAGAUGCUCCUGAUCGCCAAGAAGAGGCUGGAGCAGUUCGUCUACAGCACGCAUAUAUUCUGUUGUAAUCUGCUGUUAGUCGAGACUCUGAAGGAUCCGCUGUGUUUCCGAGUUUCUGACCAGACGAUUCCCAAACAGCAGCACGUCGUCCAGACUAAGAACCAGGAGGAGAAGAGACUCUGGGUUCAUUACCUGAAGAGACUCAUCGUAGAGAAUCAUCCUGCUUCUCUUCCUCAGAAGGCGAGGCAAGUCCUGGGAGACAACUUCUGCCAGACUCCUCAGUUCGACCAGAAGUCGUCCGCUUCGCCGCGAUCGGACGACAUCCACGGUUACCACCGCGGCCGCCGUCAGUCAGAGCCUCCAGAGCUGAUGAUGUACACACCAGAGAAGUCAAGAAAGAGUCUGCCGCUGCUGCUGGAAGGAAACCUGCCGUACAGACGCACCAGGAGACAGUCAGCUCCGGCUAAAGACAUCGAAGCAGUGUUUCAUCCCAACGGUGAGAAAGAAGAGUUUAUAAUAUAA